AUGAGACCCCCUCUACUCUCUGACCUGACCUCCUCGGUCAAGGGCAUCCUGAAGCACCGUAACAUGCCGACCAGUGAAGAAGACCCCCGAGUUGCAACCAACUUCAAAGACACAUUACAAGCGCUUUGCAUCGAGGAGACGUCGUGGAUGCUGAAUGCCCUGGAGCAGCAGAAGCACGCAUUGUACGUUGCCCAGUAUAAUUGGCAACGCUCGAUGCAUGAAGCUGCGGUUCAACGGUGGUAUGAAGAGUAUGAGUGCGGACAAGGCCAGGCGUGCAAGAAGUCAGCCAAAGUGGCCUUUGGUGGACGAUCCGUGAAGCUGUUCGUGACGGAGAAGAGCAUCCAUCACAUGGAAUAUGUGCAGCACGACCCUCAUCACGAGAAAAUAACCGAAGAAGAAUGCGAACCGGCAGAUGUGCCGCAGUACGACGAUCAGGAUCCCGACGAGGGCGGCGAUGAGACGCAGGAGCAGAAACACGAGGAUGGCGCCCCGUGGUCAGUCACCAGCAUCGAAUGGGAGCUGGAUUUUGAGCUGCAGCAGUCGGGCCAAUGCGGCCGCCACGAUGCUGGAUACGCUCACGCCGAGUCCGACUCGGAUUAUUCCUCGCCGUCCGAGUCUGUUUUUGAUACGGAUUCUUCCGACUCGGACUCGGACACGGAAGCCAGCUGUACUUGUACCGAUGGGGCUUGGACGUCGCCCCUUGGCACCGUCGACAGUUGCUUGGACGGAUGCAACGUGAUGAUGAAAGUUGAAGGCUCGAGAGACAGACAUGACGAGCGAGAAAUUCCCGGCUUUAAGGCUUUUGACCGCCCCGGUUCCAAAAUCAAGGAUUGGAGCUGGAGGCAGGUUCAAGUUUUUGAUGGUCUCGGUUCCAACAUCAAGGGUUGGAGUUGGGCAGACGAGGAGGAUGAAGAAGAAGAAGAACCAGCAAAGAGACAGGUUCAAGUUUUUGAUGGUCUCGGUUCCAACUUCAAGGGUUGGAGUUGGGCAGACGAGGAGGAUGAAGAAGAAGAAGAGCCAGCAAAGAUGCAGCUUCGAAUUUUUGACGGCCUCAGCUCCCAUCUCAAGGGAAGGAGCUGGGCAGACGACGAUGAUGACGACCAAGUUGAAGAACAAUCAAUUAGUGACAUCUUCGACGGCUGCCACUCAAACCUCAAGGGAGGGAGAUGGCCGGGUGAGAAUGAUAAUACAGCAGAAGCAGCACCAGAACUGGCGACUCCACCAUUCGACAACUUCGACUUGCACAUCAAGGAACUGGGUAGGCGGAUGACAAAGAGGCAAAAAAAGAAGCAGAAGAGAAAACAGGAGAAGAAGAAGCGGAAAGAACGAUGCAAGUAA